CUCGGCGACACGUCACUGAAUUCCAACCACGGAAGCAGUGCAUUGAAACGUUUGCUCUGUUACAAUAAUAGGGUUGGAAAGAAAAGGCUUUAGUCACAUAAGAAUGGGAGGCUUCUUCUCUAGCCUGUUCUCCGGCUUGUUCGGCACUAGAGAGAUGAGGAUUCUCAUCCUGGGUUUGGACGGUGCCGGGAAAACCACCAUCUUGUACCGACUACAGGUCGGCGAGGUGGUCACCACCAUCCCAACAAUCGGCUUCAACGUGGAGACGGUGACAUACAAGAAUUUGAAGUUCCAGGUUUGGGAUCUAGGAGGACAGACCAGUAUCAGACCAUACUGGAGGUGUUACUAUUCCAACACAGACGCCAUCAUCUAUGUGGUAGACAGCAGUGACCGAGACAGGAUGGGCAUCUCCAAGUCGGAACUGGUAGCCAUGUUAGAGGAAGAAGAGCUGAAGAAGGCCAUCCUGGUGGUGUUUGCAAACAAGCAGGACAUGGAGCAGGCUAUGACACCCGCUGAGGUGGCCAACUCUCUGGGCCUGCCCGCCCUCAAGGACAGGAAGUGGCAGAUCUUCAAGACCUCUGCCACGAAGGGCACUGGCCUGGACGAGGCCAUGGAGUGGUUGGUGGAGUCACUGAAGAGCCGGCAGUAAAGACGGCCUGACACACGUCCUCCUCCUGUGUAAAUAACCCUGACCUCCUGAUAGGACCCUCUGGACCAGUGACUGCACUCCCAGCCCCAAACAAAGCCUUGGCCUAGCCUGAAAUACCUGCUGCCUCUCCAGUCCUAGGGGGACACACAGGUACAUUAAAUGCCUCGUGUAAAGCUGCAGCCACAGAGCCCAAACCGGUUUGGCUACAAGGAUUUUCAUAUUUGUUGGGGCUUAGUCAGUGGACUGUAGUGAUUGGCCACAUCUAGACACAGAGGUGCCUCCUGGGAAAAUGCAGUCAGUAUUUAGAGGCGUCUGGAUACUGACUGGUUACCAGACUGGUUUGAUGAUACAGCUGAUGCUGUUUUUGUACUGUAGGUGUCAGGCUGAUUUAUUCAUCCGUAUUUCUAUUCUUAAUGUAUUUUUCAGUGGAGAAAAUAAGCACGGUAAUUCUUGUGAUUAGUAGAUUAUUUCAGGCCCUUUUUUCAUUUGAAUUCUGACUGCAGUUUUGGCAUGUUAGUGACUUGUGUAUUUAACACUAACUGAUUUGUGUGCUGAAACCUAUUGCAUAUUUAUGUGCUUUUACCCUUUAGACUAAAGUAAAAUUUCACAUUGAAUGCUCUGUGCAAACUGUCAUGUAUUUCUUUUACCACUCAAUGGCGCUGUUUCACUUUACAAACUGUCGUUAAUAGGGGUAAGGGAACAAAUCGAUUCACAUAUGAAUCGCGAUUCAGUCUUCUAGCGAUUCACAUCGAUUCUCACAUUCCCCCCCCCCCCCCAUAAAAUUGAUUUAAAAAAGCAAAUCUUAGCAUAUAUUGAAUCGAAAUUUGAUUAAGAAUGGUUCUUAGAUUUUUAAUCAAAUCGUGACCUACCAAAAGAUUACCACCCCUAACAGACGGAAAGCUGUACAUUUGUUUAAUAUUUAUCCGUGUUGCAGAAAUAAAUAAGUCUGUUCAAGAAAA